CUGCACUCGUCCCCGCACCGCCCAGCCCUUUCUGCACUGUCAUCUCUUGCCCCGCCAAGGCUCGACCCGUGCGUGGGGCCGUCCGAAACGCUCCGGAUCCCUUAACCAUGGGAAACGCGCAGGAACGGCCAUCCGAGACCAUCGACCGCGAGAGGAAACGCCUAGUAGAGACGUUGCAGGCGGACUCGGGGCUGCUGCUGGACGCCCUGGUGGCGCGGGGUGUGCUCACCGGGCCCGAGUAUGAAGCGUUGGAUGCCCUGCCUGAUGCUGAGCGCAGGGUGCGCCGACUGCUGCUGCUGGUGCAGAGCAAGGGCGAGGCCGCCUGCCAGGAGCUACUGCGCUGUGCGCAGCAUACAGUGCGCGCACCAGACCCGGCCUGGGACUGGCAGCACGUGGGCCACGGCUACCGGGACCGUAGCUACGACCCUCCAUGUCCAGGCCACUGGACACCUGAGGCACCUAGUUCGGGAACCGCAUGUCCUUGGCUUCCCAGAGCUUCAGAUCACGACGAGGCUAGGGGUCCUGGGGGCUCCGAGGCCGUGCAAUCCGGAACUUCAGAGGAGCCAGAACUGGAAGCUGAGGCCUCUGAAGAAGCUGAGACCUCUGAAGAGGCUGAGCCAGAGCAGGAACCCCAAAUGGAUCCAGAACGGGAGCCAGAACCAGAACCUGAUCUAGAGCCUGAGCCCGAGCCAGACUUCCAGGAAGCAGAUGAGUCGGAAGAUUCCUGAAGGCCAGAGUGCUGACUAGAGGUUCCCCACCUAGCCCAAGCGGGAUAAGACCUGGAACACUGGCAGAGCUCCCAUGCCACCAAGGCUCCACCUAGCCUGCUGAAAGUGAAUAAACUCCAGAGGGUCAGCCUGGGCCUGGGCUCUCUACAAUUCUGUUUGACCAGAACUGAGGGUAUAUACAUGUCAUGUCUUUGAGUCCCACUGACCUGGGCAGUCUCACUUCCCACCAUACUCUAGCACCAAGUUCAUGGCCCCAUUCCUCCCUCAUCUGUAUCCCUGGAGAUCCCAGAUCCAGGCUUCUAGUGAGAGGACAGCCUGAACCCAGGGCUCCAUCAGCCCCACUCCAUGGACUUGAGGUAGACAGCAAGGGAAGAGGGACUUCUGUCCAGUUAAGAAGAGCUUAGAGCUCUGAGUCUUGGGAAAUGAGAUAAGAGGUGAACUGGAAGGGAACUUCAGUAGACAGAGGCCACACACAUCAUGUAAUUGCUGUUUUAAUUGUCUGGCUUCCCUCUGAACUGGGGGCUCAGUGAGGAUUCUAACCAGGCACGGGCACACACAAGGCAUUCUACACAUAUUCAUUGACUUAAAAUAAA